AAAGGGGGCUUUUGAGUAGGAGAUUUUCCUGAGUUCGUCUUGGAGAUCGAUGCCAAGUCGCGCUGCCGUGAUCCUGCUGGGUCUCUUGCUUGCAGAUGCCUCCCUUUAUGCCAAGCUUUUGUUGGUAUGAAAAAUGUGGUGUGUGGUUGGUGUCUAGGUAAUGACGGCCUUGCCUGAGAGAACUGUGGAUUCCAAAUUUCCUGCAGGAGACUCGGAUGAUUCAGCAGAUAGAGAACCCGUAGCUACAAAUUCAGAACAAAAGGCUAUUGAAAAUAAGUCUUUAAAGGCUUCUUUCUUGACAAGCUUCUUCACAUCCACUUUGUCAAUCUUCGAAAGACGCUCUGAUUCAUUUUCAGUUGAAAAGAAGCCCACCAAAUCCAGAAGCUAUGGCUGGACUACAGCUGUGAGGAAGGUUGUGACCAGUGGCUCAAUGAGGAGGCUUCAAGAGCGUAUACUGGGGACAAGCAGAUUUGACAAUUUGAGCAUGACCAGUCAAAUAUGGUUUCUUGGCAAGUGUUACAAACUAUCACUUGAGGAAUCAUCACAAUGUUCUGAUCCUGGCAAUAGUUAUGCUGCUUUUCUAGAAGAUUUCUCAUCGAGAAUUUGGAUCACAUACAGGAAAGGUUUUGAACCCAUUGGUGAAUCAAAGUUCACAUGUGAUGUCAACUGGGGAUGUAUGAUCAGAAGUAGCCAGAUGCUUGUUGCUCAGGCUUUGAUUCUUCAUCAUUUGGGGAGAUCCUGGAGGAAACCCUUGCAGAAGCCAUAUGAUCUUCAGUAUGUUGAAGUUCUGCAUCUUUUUGGUGACUCAAGCACAUGUGCCUUUUCAAUCCACAAUCUGCUUCAAGCUGGGAGGGGUUAUGGUUUAGCUGCUGGAUCAUGGUUGGGUCCUUAUGCCAUAUGCCGAACCUGGGAAACCCUUGCUCGUGCUAACAAAGAGCAAGCUGAACAUGACAAAUGUAAAGAAAGCUUGCCCAUGGUUCUAUAUAUUGUUUCAGGUGAUGAAGAUGGGGAACAAGGUGGAGCUCCAGUUGUCUGUAUUGAAGUUGCUGCAAAACUCGGUUCGCAUUUUAGCAAGGGACAACUAGAAUGGGCACCUAUUCUUUUGUUGGUUCCUUUGGUUCUUGGACUAGAAAAAAUCAACCCUAGGUACAUUCCUUUGCUUUGGGAAACAUUUACAUUUCCACAAAGUGUGGGCAUUUUAGGUGGAAAACCUGGGGCCUCAACUUAUAUUGUUGGCGUGCAAGAUGACAAGGCAUUGUACUUGGAUCCUCACGAAGUUCAACCGGCUGUUGAUAUCAGGAGGGAUGAUUCAGAAGCUGAUUGUACUUCAUAUCACUGCAGCACUGUGCGACACCUGCCAUUUGACAUGAUAGACCCAUCAUUGGCCAUUGGAUUUUACUGCAGGGAUAAAGGUGAUUUUGAAGACUUCUGUUCCCGUGCUUCUCAGCUUGCAGACAGCUCAAAUGGAGCUCCAUUAUUUACUGUUGUCCAAAAUCUUCAGCCUGCAAAACCAAUUCCCUGCCAUGUAGGUACAGAUCACAACAGAGGAAUAGAUGAUUCCUCUGUGGAAAACUUCAGUGACAUUGGUGGUCAGGUCCACGAAGAUGAAUGGCAAAUUCUAUGAAGAGCCACAUAUACAGAACUCUUCAUGCGGUAAAAGCUCAAGUGUCAGGUUAUAUAAUCUUCUUGCAGAGAUCAGCCUAACCUGGACAUCGUUAAAAAAAGCUGAAGCUUGCUGGAUUUCUUUUGGAUCAUUUAUUCUUUGUUAAUUUCUUUCAACAUUCUUGUACAUGUUAAAGGAAGGAAAACUCCAUUGCUUAACCAUAGAAAGUAGUGCAUGAAUCGAAAGGAUUAAUUUCUUGUAAAGACUGGCAGUAAUUAUUAUUGUUAUUGCUUGUUGUACUAA